AUGCCUUUCAAGAAUUACUUGAUUGCUCAUCCAGGCAUUUUCCGUGAAAGAUCUGAAGCUGAACGAGGAGAAUGCUUGAAGAAAUUCUGUAUUCAAGAAAUAGAAAUAUGCAGUUUACAACGUGCUGUUGAAGCAACGGGAAAAUGCACUAUAAGUGAUUUGAAGAGAUUGGCUCGAAGAAUUAUCCUAGAAUCAAGGGUGAGAGGGCAUGAAAAAAUUGAGGAAGAUGAUGUACAACAGGCACUUAAGGAAUUCCUACCAAAUGCAGUACCUUUCGAACAAGUAAAACCAGUGGAUGUGAUUAAAUUGCAAUGGGAGGAUGUUGGAGGAUUAGAUGACGCGAAACAAGUCCUUACUGAAGUUUUUAUUUGGCCGACAAAAUACCCAUUAUUGUAUCGGAAUAUUUUCGUUCGUCUUGGUCGCGGGGUGUUGUUACAUGGGCCAAGCGGAUGUGGAAAAACGCUGAUUUGUAGAACUUUAGCAGCACAGUGGGACUUCAACGUCAUAUCGAUCAAAGGACCGGAGUUAUUGUCAAAAUUCAUUGGUGAAAGCGAAGAAAAUGUCCGAAAAAUUUUUGAAUGUGCUCGUGUUAGAAGUCCUUGUUUGAUAUUUUUCGAUGAAUUUGAUUCACUUGGUCCAAAACGUGGUGAGAGUGAUACAGGAGUAACGGACCGUGUUGUGAAUCAACUGCUCACAGAACUUGAUGGAGUUGAAGGGCUAGAUGGUGUUUAUGUUAUUGCGGCUACAAAUCGAAUUGAUUUGAUUGAUAGUUCUUUAUUACGACCAGGACGUUUCGAUUAUAUUGUUAAAUGUGAAUUGCCCAAGAAAGAGGAGCGAAAAUCUAUUUUGGAGGUACUUUGUCGGGAUAUAGAGUUGAGAAAUGGUGAUUUCGAAACAAUAGCAAGAGCAACAGAUGGUUGGACAGGUGCUGAUCUGAAAGGUUUAGUAACAAAUGCUCAAUUGGUAGCUCAUAAGCGAAUAAGCGGAGCACUUGGUGAUAAGAAUGUCGAUUUUGAAAAUACAAAAUAUGAACUGGAUCAAGAAGAUCUCUUGUUCGCGAUAAAGGAAUCACAACCAAACAAGAACAGGAGCUCUUCCAGAUCAGAUAGAAAGCCUUUCAUAUCACCAGGACUGUUUACUACUUUAGCCUAA